AUGUCUCGCUCUUCUCCAUUAUCAGCAAUGUUGUUAUGGCAUGUCAUGGCAUGCCUUCUAUUUGUUUCCAAUUUGGCAUAUGCUUCAAGACUUAAUCAUUCAAAAACAAGAAAUGAAGUAAUCAUUGCUCAUCAUGGAGCUGUUGCGACCGACGACCGUCGAUGCUCUAAGAUUGGGAAGGAUGUUAUUGUUGAAGGGGGGCAUGCAGUGGAUGCAGCUGUGGCUGCUGCCCUUUGUUUGGGGGUUGUUAGUCCGGCUUCAAGUGGUAUAGGUGGUGGUGGCUUUAUGCUGAUCAGGUUAGCUAAUGGAGUAGCAAAGGCUUUUGAUAUGAGAGAAACUGCUCCUCUUCUUGCUUCCAAGGAUAUGUAUGGUGGCAAUACUACUUUGAAGGAAACAGGUGGCCUCUCAGUAGCAGUUCCAGGAGAACUAGCAGGCCUUCACAAGGCAUGGAAACAACAUGGGAAGAUUCCAUGGGAGAGACUUGUAAAGCCAGCUGAGAUUCUUGCUUUUAGAGGGUUUAAAAUAUCACCAUACCUUUACACACAGAUGAAAAGAUCAGAGUCAGGUAUAUUAAACGAUAACGGUCUUCGUAGUGUUUUUGCACCACAUGGAAAACUCUUGGAGGUAGGUGAAAUAUGCUACAAUAAACAACUAGCAAAAACUCUCGGAGCAAUUUCAAAGUUCGGUCCACAAGUUUUUUACGGCGGAAUAAUUGGGAUUAAGUUAGUUCAAGAUGUUCAAAAAGCCGGAGGGAUAUUGACUAUAAAAGAUCUCAAAAGUUACACUAUUAAAGAAAAAGAACCUAUAUCUAUAGAUUUUCUUGGAUUGAAGAUCCUUGGCAUGCCUCCUCCUUCUGGUGGACCUCCAUUGAUGCUGCUGCUGAACAUUCUAGCACAAUAUGAACUUCCUUCGGGACUUUCUGGUGCAUUAGGGAUCCAUAGAGAAAUCGAGGCUUUGAAACAUGUUUUUGCUGUGAGAAUGAAUCUUGGUGAUCCUGAUUUUGUAAAUGUAACUGAUGUUCUUUCUGAUAUGCUCUCUACUAAGUUUGCGAAAGAGUUGAGAAAAGACAUCAAUGAUAAUAGGACUUAUAAUUCAAGUCAUUAUGGUGGCAAGUGGAAUCAGAUAAAUGAUCAUGGUACAAGUCAUUUAAGCAUAAUAGACUUCAAGGGAAAUGCUGUUUCCAUGACUUCUACCGUAAAUGCGUAUUUUGGUGCAAAGAUUCUUUCACCAAGUACAGGAAUAGUGUUAAACAAUGAGAUGGAUGAUUUUUCAAUGCCUAUGAAUGCUUCCAAAGAUGUUCCACCACCAGCUCCCGCCAAUUUCAUCGUGCCGGGGAAGCGACCAUUAUCAUCCAUGUCACCGAUCAUUGCCCUCAAGGAUGGGAAAGUGAAAGCAGUAGUAGGUGCAAGUGGGGGAAUUAUGAUUAUUGCUGCAACUUCAGAAGUUCUUUUGAAUCAUUUUGUCAAAGGAAUGGAUCCGUUUUCUUCUGUAACGGCUCCGAGGUUCUAUCACCAGCUGAUACCUAACGUGGUUUAUUAUGAGAAUUGGACAACGGGACUUGCUGGUGGGACAAUAUGCCAACUUAUAGUUGCUGACAUUUCUGAGCAUUCUGGAAGAAACAAAGGUAUUGGAAAGCUUGUGGCAGUAAGUGAUCCUAGAAAGGGUGGUUUUCCUGCAGGCUUUUGA